CACAACACUCAACGUCAUCGUCAAGUGUCAAGUUGAAACUGCAAAUCAUCCGGCUUUAAACAAAAAUGUUCCGAAACCAAUACGAUAGCGAUGUUACUGUGUGGAGUCCACAGGGUCGUCUGCACCAAGUCGAAUAUGCGAUGGAAGCGGUGAAGCAAGGCUCUGCCACAAUCGGUUUGAAGAACAAGGAUUUCGCCGUACUUAUCGCCUUGAAACGUGCAUCCUCCGAAUUGUCGAGUUAUCAGAAGAAAAUCAUUGAAAUCGACGAUCAUUUGGGUAUUUCAAUGGCUGGUAUCACCGCUGAUGCUCGCGUUUUGAGUCGAUUCUUGCGUCAGGAAUGCUUGAAUCACAAGUACACGUUCGAAGAUUUGCAUCCAGUUGGUCGCUUGAUGACGAAACUCGGCAAUAAGAUGCAAGUUUCCACACAAAGAUACGAUCGACGUCCCUAUGGCGUUGGAUUAAUUGUCGUUGGGUACGACGAUCAAGGUCCGCAUGUGUUCCAAGUGUGUCCUUCUGCCAAUUUCUACAAUUGCAAGGCAAUGUCUAUCGGAUCGCGAUCACAAUCAGCUCGUACGUACUUGGAAAAGCAUUUAGCCAAGUUCCCCGAUUGCAGCAAGGAGGAUUUGAUUGUUCACGGAUUGAAUGCGUUGCAAGAUACGCUGCCCAAUGAAGUUGAAAUGAGCAAAAAGAACGUCUCCAUCGGCAUCACCGGAUUGAACGAAAACUUCCACGUUUUGACGGAAGACGAGACAGAAAAGUAUUUGGCGAAAAUUAAGCAGCGCAAACCACGCGGAGAUGAUGGCGGUGCAGGUCCCAGUGGCGCAGGACCAGGCGAUAGUCAACCCCCAGGUCCCGAUGAUGCCGUUCAAAUGGAGGAACCACAACCAGAUCCAAUUCCAGAUGUGGCAGUCGAGGAGAGACCAUCUCAAUAAACAUGCAAAUUUCGUGGUUUUUUGUUUAAUUUUUCAUUAUUCUGCAUUACAUUUGAAUAAAAAUCAUUUUACAAUGUAA